AUGAGUGUCUCUUCAGAUCUGCCGGUGCCAAGCCAAGCAGGGACCAUGCUGCCCCGCAGCAGCUCUACGGGGUCGGUGCCUUUUUGGGAAGCUCCGGAUGUUGCUGCCCAGCAGACACGACCGUCCCCUGGCAGCUCGCAAGCAGAUGCUUCUGAGUUGGAAGAGACUGAGAAAAAUCUGGUUGCUCAGGAGCCCAAUCCUGAGCCAGCCUAUGAUGGACUUUCAGGUCCCAAGCGCCCGCCCUCGCCGUCGUCUGCUGACAGCGCUUCUCAGGCUGAGAGGGAGAGCACAGGUGCGAAUCAGCCUGGCCGCGGCUGGGAUGAGCUUGAUCUGCAUGACAUAAAGGCCAUCACAAUGUACGAGAUGGUCCAUGAAGUCAACCUUCCAGAGCACGCUGAGCCCUACAGGGUCCUGCAUGCCACACAUCGCCAGGCUUCACUCAUGAUGCAUCGACCUGCCAGUGUAGCUGUCUUGGCUGACGAGUUCUGCAAGCAUCCACCCAAGAUAGUCCUCAACUUGCUUCCGUCCUUGAACUUCAUUCCGCCUCCCCAGGACCUAGCAGCGUCCACCACGUCCCGUGAUCUGGCUUCUUACGAAGACGGGAAAGCCCAGCUGGAGACUUUCAUGCAAAGAGUGCUCCUACCUAUCGCAGAGGAGGCAGGCGCUUUGGUAAUCUGCGAUGCAAGGAGGAAUUACUGCUUGCUAACCGCAGCUUUCAUGAAAGCGUAUGAGAUGCGGCGUCCUGCCUGGGGUUCAGAUGUGCGGGUUACUGUGCUGGGAUUUGCAAUGCGGCCAGCUGGCUGCCUAAAGGAUUCUGACCUGCCAGAACAUUGGAGACACCUCCUUCGUCACCUACCGAAGCAAGUGGCUCGACAGCCACCUGUUGGAGAUCCUCGAGAGCCUUGGGCGCAACUCCUUGCUAGCCUCAAACGGCAAGACGCCCAACCGACAUUUGGGCAUGAUACGCAACCAAAUGAUCCGCAACCGGCGUCGGUGCUCGAAGCACAGUCCUCCAAAGCUUCAAAACAGAGACCUAGACCUGCCCUUGAUUUACAUGCUGGUAUCUGCAACUUAGUGUUGAUUGACGCAAUCAAGGCCAGUAAAGCUCAAGUUGGCCUAGAGCUAAGCACCAAGUUGCGAGCGGAGCUGAUGUCGCAUUUCAACGCAAAAACUCCGUGCAUUGCCUUCAAGACAGGAAGCUCUUGGCCACAGGGAUCAAAACAUGCUGCAGAUGCUGCUGCUGGCUUGGGAGCGGCUGUUGAUUCUGCGGAGCGCAAUAUACCCGUGGUUCUCCUUGACUUGUUUGAGGCGAGGUGUGGGUAUGUUGCGCCGCGCCCGCCUGACACAAAGCAGGAUGACGUGCCUCGAAAGUCCUGCCUGCCUGACACAAAGCAGGAUGACGUGCCUCGAAAGUCCUUGCGCACGCAAGUACAACUCCAGAGGAUGAACUCAUCCCUCAACGUGGCUUUACACAAUGCUGCCGGUGCCCAGGGCGCCAAAGAGAAGUUCAAAGCAAAAUUGGAACAGCUCAAGGAAAAGUUGAAAAAGGCCUUGAAGGCAAAUCUUGAUCAGACGGUGUCUGGCAUGGACAUCUGCGAGCUGGCUUCCGUCAUCGAGAUUUACCAGAACCACGACCCGCACAGUGCCAAAGGCAAGCUGCAAAUCCCAUUGUGGCUGCAGAUUGCCAUGGGUGAGACUGACCGAGACGACAAGGAAACGGACAAGUACCACGAGCACAAGGAAUUGCGAAAACACCUUCAGGCUUUUAGCGGAAAGGUGCUUGAUCUGCCAGGGCGCAAGGACCAGGAUGUCGCUGCAUACACCUCCCAUGCUCUCGCUUUGAUGACUUCUGACGCGGUGUCUGGCAUGAACGUCUUCGUACGCGAGCAUACCUUGGACGAUGAAAUCCGCGAUGUGUUGGAGAGGAGCCGCCUUCCGGACACCAACAGCAUAGAGGCUUCACGGCUUCUCAGAGAUGCAUGGAACGAGCAUGACGCAGCGGCUGCCUUGGCGGUGUUCUACAGCAGGAUGGGUAGAUCAAUGUAUCUGCUGCAGCUCUGUUUGAACCUUUUUGCCACUGCUCUGGUUGUCCUGGCAGAGGAGUUGACAACGGAGAGUGACGUCAACAUGUACAAAGACGGUAUCGACAAUGUGCUUUUUGCUACCUCCUUGCUUUCGACUUUUCUCUUCUCUGUCCUGGCCUUCGCAAAUCCGAUUAGGCGCUGGCAGAAGCUGCGUGCUGCAGCUACAGAAAUUGAAAGCCUGAUCUGGCUGUUCCGUGCCAGAUGUGGGCCGUUUCAGGUCCAAGCCCGGAGCCUCGACACUGAUGUUGAGGAAAAGCAGUUUCAGGCGGAACUGACGCGUUGGAGGGACUCGGUGGUGGCUGAAACAGACCUGCAGCGAUCCGACUUUCAAAGGGAUUAUCGGUUUUCGUACUGUGCGCAUGAUCAACAUGAGCCGAGAGGGUGCUGUCAUCGCAUGUGGUCGCGAGCACCGAAGUUCUGGAAGAAGUGCUGGCAUAGAAUCUGGCCCUGCAAAUUCAGGAGCGGCAGGGAUGACCAUCAUAGCCCCGUGCCACCAGCACUCUACCUGGAGUUGCGUUUGAGAACCAUGGUUCGAUUCUACCAGAGCCGGUUGCCCUGGUACGCAUGGUACAACCGAAUCUUGUUUUUCAUCGGGAGUAUCAGCGUAGCAAUGAGCUCCCUCGUCACUUUUCUUAAGUUCACGAGAUGGGUCAUUGUAUGCACGAACAUGAACUCGGCAUGCAGUGCUUGGUCAGAGUUCACAAAUGUCCAGCAGAACAUCCAGCGCUAUUCCGAGACCAUCCAGAAGCUGAAGAAUCUGGAGUCCUGGUGGAACAGCUUGAAUCAUAUCGAGCAGGCUGCGAUCCCAAACAUCGAGCACCUUGUUCACUCUACAGAAGAGUUGAUCAGCAACGAAUGCUCGACAUGGGCUCGCGCCCUCAACCAGCAGGACACUAGAUUUGCUGCAAGUAAAUGGCUUGCGCCGCAGAAGAUUGCCAAAACAGCAGGGGCGGCCAAAAAGUGA